AUGUGCACACCGGGACACCCGUACGGGUGUCGAAUAUCGGCCCUCUCGUCACCGGACCGUCAGCUGCUGUCGCACUGCACGUCCACGUUUGCGCUGGCCUCAGCGUACCAUCAGCCGGGCCACGGUGACGAUCCGCCCGGUGGUAUAGAGGACGGCGACCUCGAAGGCCAAUCCUGCCCACCGGAGCUGCUGCUCUAUCAACACUAUCAACAGUCGCCGCACUACUCAACCGCUAACUCCGGGCUAAUGGGUAGCCAUCAAUCGGCAAUCAGCGGCAUUCCGGGAGUUCCAUUUGUGCCAGAGUUCUACGCCUAUCCUGGUUACGGGCUGGCCGAUGGCUGCCCGGUUGGCACGCCGACCUGCCCCGAUGGGCCUGCGAUGGCGCCGAUCGUGCCCGGGCAUGAUCUCACCAUGUACGACACCUCCCGGGUGGAGCGCCUGGAUGUCCAGGCUCCCGGAGACCCUGAGUUGCACUCGAGACACCAAGGGCCCAGGGGCGACAGCAGCUACAGUGAUAGCCACAGCAGCAGCACCACCACCGACGGGUACUUCUCCGAUGGGUGCCCGGUGUCCCUUGGCAGCAGCAGCAGUAGAAAAGGGCCGACGGAGGACGACACACUACUAGUGGCGGCUGACGCCCAGCACGACGCGGCACUUCACCAAAACCGAACGCACGUAGACCGCGUCACGUCUGACAUCCGGCAGCCAGUGACCGAAGAGAGCGACCAAUCUGCCGAAGCUUUCUUCCUUGAUCGACACGAACCGGGUUGCAGCAACAGGUCGGCGCCCACCAGCAGCAGCUGCUCGCAAGCGCUUCCACCGUUCGAGAUCAAUGAUCUGGGGCCGAUCAACAAUCGGAAAGCGCGUACGGCGUUCACUAAACUUCAGAUCAAAGCGCUGGAGGCGGAGUUUGCACACUCGAACUACUUAACACGACUGCGCCGUUACGAGAUUGCCGUAGCGUUAGUGUUGAGCGAACGUCAGGUUAAGGUAUGGUUUCAGAAUCGCCGCAUGAAGUGGAAACGGUUAAGAGCGUCGGAGGAUGAGCUGCACGUUCAAUCGCUGUAG